AUGAUGUCUGCCACUCGUAUCGGACAACGGCUCGCCCGUCAGUCGUCCCGUCGUUCCCCCUUCGCCCUUCAACCACGUCUCACACAGUCGAUCCGUCUCAAUGGAGGAUCCCGGGCAUCAUUCUCAGUCACAGCCAGCGCCCCUCGCUUUGUCGAGUCACAGAGCAGCAGUAAGCUGCAGGAACAUGAGCUGUUCUCAAGGAGGCAUAUUGGCAGCGAGUCCAACGAGCAGACAGAGAUGCUCAAGGUCCUGGACCCUCCCGUGAGCUCCAUGGAGGAAUUUCUCGAGCAGACUAUUCCCCCGCAGGUUCGGAGGAAACAGAAGGGCCUCAACCUUGUCGAACAAUGGUAUGAGGGUGGCGAGGAAGCUGCUGUUCCUCCCAAUGGCCGCACUGAGCACUACAUCCAGCAGGAGAUGCGAAAGCUUGCCAAGAACAACAAGGUCUACGAGUCUUUCAUUGGUGCUGGUUACUACGGAACUCUUGUCCCUGCUGUUAUCCAGCGCAAUGUUCUCGAGAAUCCUGCCUGGUAUACCAGCUACACCCCAUACCAAGCUGAGAUCAGCCAGGGCCGUCUUCAGUCUCUCCUCAACUUCCAAACUCUUAUCACCGAUUUGACUGGUCUCGAUAUCGCCAAUGCCUCUGUUCUCGACGAAGCCACCGCCGCUGCUGAGGCCAUGACCAUGUCUAUGGCCAACGCCCCCAAGGGCAAGGGCCAGAAGGUCUUUGUCGUCUCCAAGGACUGCCACCCCCAGACCAUUGCCGUCCUCCAGUCCAGAGCUGAGGGAUUCGGUAUCAAGCUCGUCAUUGGCGAUGUCCUCGCCGACAACUCCAAGCUCGUUCGCGAAGUUGAGGGCGAUCUCAUUGGAACCUUGAUUCAGUACCCCGAUACCCACGGUGGUGUUCACGACUACCAAGCUCUCGCCGAUAUUGUUCAUGAGAAGAAGGCUCUUCUCAGUGCGUCCACUGAUCUUCUCGCUCUUACCAUGCUCAAGCCUCCUGGAGAGUUUGGCGCUGACAUCGCCAUCGGUAACUCCCAGCGCUUCGGUGUUCCUCUGGGCUACGGUGGUCCCCACGCUGCUUUCUUCGCUACAUCUGAGAAGUACAAGCGCAAGAUUCCCGGCCGUCUCGUUGGUGUUUCCAAGGAUCGUCUCGGCAAGCCUGCUCUUCGCCUGGCCCUCCAGACUCGUGAGCAGCACAUUCGUCGUGAGAAGGCUACCAGCAAUAUCUGCACUGCUCAGGCUCUUCUUGCCAAUAUGUCUGCCUUCUACGCUGUCUACCACGGUCCUAAGGGCCUUAAGACAAUUGCUGAGGAUAUCUGGAGCAAGACCCGUCUUGCCCAGAGCUUGAUCCUUGAGAAGGGCGAAUUCAAGCUUCACACUGAGGGUCUGCGUGAGGAUGGUGCUGUUCUGUUCGACACAGUCACUCUCAGGGGAUCUCCUGAAGCCAUUGCCAAGGUUCACAAGAACGCUGAAUCUCAGAACAUUAACCUUCGCCGCGUUGCUGAGGACAAGGUUGGCUUCUCUCUUCAUGAGGGCGUCACCCUUGAGAGCCUCGGUAACCUCGUCAAGGCCUUCGGUGUUUCUGAGGCUGAGUUUAAGUCUGCUCUCGAUUCUGAUAAGGCUACCUUCCUCAAUGAUCAAAUCCCUGCUUCUCUCCAGCGAAAGACCGGCUACCUCGAGCAGCCUGUCUUCAACCAGUACCACACCGAGACCGAGCUCCUUCGAUACAUCUACCAUCUCCAGUCCAAGGAUGUCUCCCUCGUUCACUCCAUGAUUCCUCUUGGUUCCUGCACAAUGAAGCUCAACGCCACAACCGAGAUGCUUCCUGUUUCCGACCCUGGUAUCAACAACAUCCACCCCUUCGCCCCAGUUGAGCAAGCUUCUGGUUACCAAGCUCUCAUCAGCUCUCUCGCCAAGAACUUGUCUGAGAUCACUGGUAUGGAUGCUACCACUCUUCAGCCCAACUCUGGUGCUCAGGGUGAGUUUGCUGGUCUUCGCUGUAUCAAGGCCUACCACGAGGCUCGUGAUGGAGACAAGCGAAAGGUCUGCCUUAUCCCUGUUUCAGCUCACGGUACCAACCCUGCUUCUGCUGCCAUGGCUGGUAUGAAGGUUGUUACUGUCAAGUGUGACGGCAAGACUGGUAACCUGGAUAUCGAGGAUCUCAAGGCCAAGUGUGCCAAGCACGCUGAUGAGCUUGCUGCUAUCAUGGUUACUUAUCCCUCUACUUUCGGCGUCUUCGAGCCUGAGAUUAAGCAAGUCUGUGAUCUUGUCCACGAGCAUGGCGGUCUUGUCUACAUGGACGGUGCCAACAUGAACGCUCAGAUUGGUCUCUGCAGCCCCGGCGACAUUGGUGCUGAUGUCUGUCAUCUCAACCUCCACAAGACCUUCUGUAUUCCCCACGGUGGUGGUGGUCCCGGUGUUGGUCCUAUCGCUGUGAAGAAGCAUCUUGCUCCUUACCUCCCCGGCCACCCUGAGAUUGAUCCUCAGCGCAUUGGUGCCGAGCGUGAUAGCACAGCUGUUGCUCCCAUCAGCGCCGCUCCUUGGGGUAGCGCCUCCAUUCUCCCCAUCAGCCACACCUACAUCCUCAUGAUGGGCGGAGAUGGUCUUACCAAGCAAACUGGUACCGCCCUCCUCAACGCCAACUACAUCAUGUCCCGUCUCCUACCCCACUACAAGGUCGUCUACACCAACGCAAACGGCCGCUGCGCCCACGAGUUCAUCCUCGACGUUCGUCCCUUUAAGGAGACCGCCGGAGUUGAAGUUGCCGACAUCGCCAAGCGUCUGGCGGACUAUGGCUUCCACUCCCCCACCAUGAGUUUCCCCGUUUCAGGAACCCUCAUGAUCGAGCCCACAGAAUCGGAGUCCCGCGCUGAGCUCGACCGUUUCUGCGAUGCUCUCAUCCAGAUCCGACAAGAGAUUGCCGAUGUCGAGUCUGGCAAGGUUCCCCGCAAGAACAACCUCCUCACAAACGCUCCCCACCCUCAAGAAGACCUUCUCUCUUCCGAGUGGGACCGCCCUUACACUCGUGAGGAGGCAGCUUAUCCGCUGCCUUGGCUCCGCGAAAAGAAGAUGUGGCCCUCUGUGGGACGCGUGGACGAUGCUUAUGGUGACACCAACCUGUUCUGCACAUGCCCCCCUGUGGAGGGAUCUGAGAACUUGUAG